AAGGAAGAAGACCGACAGGGAGGUGAAGACUGGCUGAGGGCAGACUGAGGUUGGUGGGGCAGUGCCCCAUGAGCCUUCAUGGGUCACUCUCCGUUGCUGGAGCUGCUGCUGGGAACUUCGUAAGAUCAGAGCCCUGGCCCUAGAGAAGCUUAGGAGAACCACAAGCAGCCGGGCCAACCUCCUCACAGGAAUACCAGGUGUCCGCCACACAGCACCAUGCUGAUGCUGUCCAGUCCCGGAAACACCCCGUGUGUCGUCGUGGGCUUCCUUCCCCGCCUCCCCCGACGGCAUAGAAGCCAACAAGCACAAGCCCUGGAUUGAGGCUGAAUAUCAGGGCAUCGUCAUGGAGAAUGAUAACACAGUCCUGCUGAACCCCCCACUCUUUGCUCUGGACAAGGAUGCUCCAUUGCGCUACGCAGGUGAGAUCUGCGGAUUCCGCAUCCAUGGGGCAGGGGUGCCUUUUGAAGCAGUGACCCUGGACAAAGCAACAGGCGAGGGAUUGAUCCGGGCUAAAGAGCCAGUGGACUGUGAAGCUCACAAGGAGCACACUUUCACCAUCCAGGCCUAUGACUGUGGUGAAGGACCUGAUGGUGGCAACACCAAGAAAUCACACAAGGCCACAGUGCACGUGCGGGUGAAUGAUGUUAAUGAGUUUGCUCCAGUCUUUGUGGAGAACCUUUACCGUGUGGCAGUGACAGAAGGGAAACUCUAUGAUCGUAUUCUGCGUGUGGAAGCCAUAGAUGGAGAUUGCUCUCCUCAGUACAGCCAGAUCUGCUACUAUGAGAUCCUGACUCCCAAUGUCCCCUUCCUGAUUGACAAUGAUGGAAAUAUUGAGAACACUGAGAAACUGCAGUAUAGUGGUGAGCGCCUCUAUAAGUUCACAGUGACAGCCUAUGACUGUGGAAAAAAGCGAGCCUCUGAUGAUGCAGAGGUAGAAAUUCAGGUGAAGCCGACCUGUAAACCCAGCUGGCAAGGUUGGAAUAAGCGGAUAGAAUACACCCCAGGCACGGGCAGCCUUGCUCUUUUCCCCACUAUUCACCUGGAGACAUGUGAUGAGCCCCUGUGGAACAUCCAGGCCACUGUGGAGCUACAGACAAACCAUGUGGCCAAAGGUUGUGACCGUGACAAUUACUCUGAGAAGUCACUGCGCAAACUCUGUGGUGCUGCCACAGGUGAGGUAGACCUGCUUCCUGUCCCUAGUCCCAUGGCCAACUGGACAGCACGACUCUCAGUCCAUUACAGCCAGGACAGCAGCCUCAUUUACUGGUUCAAUGGCAGCCAGGCAACCCAGGUGCCCAUGGGCAGUGGAACUGGUGCCCUUGAAGGACUGAGUGACCAUUUCACCUUGUCACUUUGGAUGAAACAUGGUGUGACGCCGAGUAAGGGGAAGAGGGAGGAAGAGACAGUGAUCUGUAGCACCAUGCAAAGUGAGGAUGGAUACUCCCAUUAUUCCCUUGGUGUUCAUGGCUGCCGCAUAGCUUUCCUCUACUGGCCACUGCUGGAGAGUGCAAGGCCUGUCAAGUUCCUCUGGAAACUGGAGCAGGUUUGCGAUGACGAGUGGCACCAUUACGCCCUUAACCUUGAGUUCCCCACCGUUACGCUUUACGUAGAUGGUGUCUCCUAUGACCCUGCGCUCAUCCAUGACAAUGGCCUCAUCCACCCCCUGCGGCGUGAAUCUUCCCUCAUGAUUGGAGCCUGCUGGGCUGAGGAGAGAAACAAAGAAAAAAUCAAACUGAACGAGAACUCCACAGAUUCGGGACAAGGAGACCCUCUGCUGAUUCACCACUACUUCCAUGGUUACCUGGCUGGCUUCACUGCACGUCCUGGCAGCCUUGAGAGCCGGGAGGUGAUAGAAUGUCUCUAUGCCUGUCGCGAAGGGCUGGACUACAGUGACUUUGACAGCCUUGGCAAAGGAAUGAAGGUUCAUGUUAACCCCUCCCAGUCUCUUCUCACCUUGGAGGGUGAUGAGGUAGAAACCUUCAACCACGCAAUCCAGCAUGUGGCCUACAUGAAUUCACUGCGUUUUGCUACCCCAGGAGUCCGACCUCUCAAGCUUACCACUACUGUCAAAUGCUUCAGCGAGGAAUCCUGUGUCUCCAUCCCAGAUGUGGAGGGUUAUGUGGUUGUACUUCAGCCUGAUGCUCCUCAGAUCUUACUGAGCGGCAGCUCUCACUUUGCCCGGCCUGUAUCUGAUUUUGAAGGUCCUGAGGGAGUCCCUCUCUUUCCUGACCUCCAGAUUUCUUGCUCCAUUUCACAUCAGGUAGAGGCCAAGAAGGAUGAGAGCUGGCAUGGCACAGUGGCAGAUACACGGAUGUCGGAUGAGAUUGUUCACAAUCUGGAUGGUUGUGAGAUCUCCCUGGUUGGAGAAGACCUGGACCCUGAGAGAGAGUACCUGCUCCUAGAUGGAGCAUCCCUGCAGCAACGGGGCCUGGAGCUCAUCAACACCUCUGCCUAUCUCACUGUCACAGGGGUGGAGAGCAUUGCUGUUUAUGAAGAGAUCCUUCGCCAGGUCUCGUAUUGCAUCCAUCAUGGUGCUGCGCUUUAUGAGAGGAAGUUCCGCCUUUCUUGCACUGAAAUGAAUGGGCGUUACUCCAGCAACGAAUUCACAGUUGAGGUUAACGUCCUUCAUAACAUGAACAGAGCUGCUCACCCCAACCACAUGAUGAGUGCUCAGCAGUUCAUGCAUCGAGGCCACCAUCUGCCACCAGAACUCUCUGGGCACAGCCUGGCCAACGUCCACCGCAACUCCAUGGUCCCCAGUGCCGCCACUAUCAUUAUUGUGGUGUGCGUAGGCUUCCUGGCUCUCAUGGUGAUCCUCGGCGUCCUGCGUAUCCACUCUUUGCACAGGCGAGAGAGUGAGCGCGAGUGUGUAGGGGAGUCUGCAGGAAGCCACGGAAGUGCCCAGGCCAAAGAGAGCGAGAUGUUCUGGGAUGACUCUGCUCUCACAAUCAUCGUCAACCCCAUGGAGUCAUACCAGAGCUGCCAGGAGAGGACAGCAGAGAGUGCUGAGCCUAAAGCCAGAGAGGCAGCUGAGGAGGAAGAGGACAGCAGUGACUCUGAAUCACCGGACAGCCCAGGCAGUGAUGCUGCCGAUGACCAGCGCAUUGUGGGCAAGCAUGAUGCCCCUUGCCACUACUAGAGGCAUGUGAUGGAUGGAGCAGAAGUGCAACACCGACGAGAGGGAGGUCCUGCUUAUGUUUAGUAUUUGGGGGUCUGGCCUAGCCCUGCACCUUUUCUCUUCCCACUCCCUGCCCAGCUUCCCUCCUGCUUUCUCCAGACCUCUUUGCACUUGCACAGUAGAGACUGGCCCCAAGACACGACAUUUUGGUGCACAAGGCAGAAAAUCUAAUUGACAUCUUCCUCUCCCACUAGUUAACAUGGGACAUAAUCCACUGGGUUCUCCUGUGCAAGCGUCUUUAAAUGAAUGGGAGUUGGGCAGAAGCAUUAUGGUGGAUUGAUUGUCCUAUGGUUCAGAUUUGUCUCCCAAUUCUGCUGCUCUGUGUGGUGCUCAAAAUCUGGCUCCUGAGGUGGUUGCUUCACCAUGCCUCACUGUAGGCCCACUUCUGCUCGCAGUCUUUUGAUAGCAGCACCUAGGGGUGGAGCCCCAUUCUUUUCCCAGGUUCCUGGCUCCUCUCAACUCAACAGCUGCUUGCUUUAACCAAGUGGGGCAGGGCCCCCUGACUUUGGUCUCCAGCCAAGGAUUCCCUUCCCGCCAGAGGGUAAACUGGAUUGGCAUGUUGUGCAGCAGAAAUGGUAGAUAAAUAGGAAGGGAGCAGGAGUGGGGCAGCAAAUGGGGUACAACAGAAGCCCCAAGAUACUAUAUAUAUAUAUAUUGUAUAUUUUUUCAAUGUUGUUGUUUGAGGUUUAAUCUUGUUUUCUUGUUCGAUGCAAAGAAACAAAAAAAAAGCCUGCAGCUUGUGUCGCUUUGUAAAAUUGUCAAUAAUAUUCAAACAAGUGAAGGAAAACAUGAUGUGAAGAAGAAAAUUGAGAUGAUUUUAAAAUAAAAAGGAUCUAAAAAUGUAA